AAAGUUCGCAGAGCUCAUCAACGUAAAUAAUUGUGGGUUUAAAUAAAACAAAAGAACUGUGGAAAUUAGUGGACGUGGUUUUUUAUUUAUUUUUAAUGAUGUGUUAACAAUGUAGCAGCAAUGUGUGGGCCGGCCGCAGCGGCGCUGUUCCUUGCCGCGCUUGCCGCUCUGCCUUGUAGAGGCACAGAUGCAGAUACAUCAACGAUACCAAAAGAAGAGAAAGAGACAGCAACACCACCAAUAAUAAACAAAAUCUAUCAAAUGCUACACGCCAGCUCAAGUUCACACAAUCAAGCUAAACUUCUCAACUUUAAUUACACUCUUAAUGAACCAAAUAGUUUUGAAAACAGUAAUCAAAAACUUUCUCUGAGCACAGAGAAUAAUAAUUAUAUAUGCUGUCAAGAUUUCAUUAUGCCCAGUAACGAAGAUGGCGGUGUGCCAAAGGAAAUAUUAAAUAAAAAAAAUAGAAAGAGAAGGGUUGUGAAUGUGAUAAGGACGGAUGAAAAUUAUACUUUAAGUUACGUACAAGUGACAACGGUUACAUCUGAUCCAGAACCAAUGGCGUUGGAGAGAAGACGUAAGCCAGGGGAAGCUGGUUCCAGCGCUCCACUUCUGAACUACAUAUUUGAUACUUAUUCUAAUGCACAUCAGCAUCGAAAUGAAAGACCAGGAAAUGGCAACAGUAUCUACGUGGCUGCAGGACCAGAAAUCGAAGCACUGGUCGGUUCAACUGCACACCUAGACUGCAAGGUCGAUGCUCUUCACGAUAAACUGGUUUCGUGGGUACGUCGGAAAAACGACGAGCUACCAAUGGAAUUGCUUACGACCGGCACACAGCAAUACACCGCCGACGACAGGUAUUCAGCACGCUUCAUUCCACCAGACAUCUGGAGACUAGAAGUGAAAGAAGUAAGGCCUGCUGAUGCUGCCUUCUACGACUGCCAGCUGUCUGCUCAUCCACCACGAACUGCUCGCGUCACGUUGAGAGUACCCGAGGUAUCAGUCCGCAUCGUGGAUGGUGCUGGAGCUGAGGUGUCUGAACAAGUUUGUGAGCUAGGGAGCACGGUGGCACUGCGAUGUGAAGUAAGGGGCUUGCGCAUGGAAGGAGGCCCGUCACUUCUCUGGUACCGAAGAGAGGCCUUGCUUAACGAUGACACAACAAGAGGAGGUAUUAGUGUUCGGACAGAGUUUGGUGCGAACGGCGCUAACUCCGUGCUCCGUGUGGCACGCGUGCGCAAUGAUGAUGCAGGACAAUACACAUGCAGCAUUGCACGUGCUCCACCACCUGCACCCACACCAGCGCAUGUUUACCUACAUGUCAUUAAGGGAGAAAGUCUGGCUGAGCUACACCAAGGGCAAGAAAUAAAGACGGUCCCUUUACGUCUCGUAUUCACGCUGGCGACAUUGCUAGUUUUACGAAAUUAUAAUAUUGUAUAACAAUAAAUUGUUCAUUUUUGAUUAU